GGCAGAUCUGGAGCCCACAUCAACUCGGAAAGCGGGGCGUGGACUCAGAGCGACCAGUGGAGAGGAGAACGGUGGUGGUUCUGGAGAGGGGGGGGGGAAAAAAGGAAAAACGAACUCCUGAAGAUACCAACUGGGAAAAGUGCGCCUAAGGAAUUUCUCAAAUCCUUUUACAGACUCUAUGUCCCUGCUUCUUAAAGAGACUGGGAGAACAAGCAGCCACUCUACAACACAAGCAUGGAUGACAUCUUCACGCAGUGUCGAGAAGGGAACUCAGUGGCUGUCCGUCUGUGGCUGGACAACACAGAGAAUGACCUCAACUUAGGAGACGACCAUGGCUUCAGCCCGCUCCACUGGGCGUGCAGGGAAGGGAGGAGCGGCGUUGUUGACAUGCUCAUCAUGAGAGGGGCUCGAAUCAACGUGAUGAACCGUGGAGAUGACACACCUUUACAUCUGGCUGCAAGCCACGGACACAGGGACAUUGUGGCUAAGCUGAUUCAGUGCAAAGCGGACCCCAAUACAGUCAACGAGCACGGGAACACCCCGCUGCACUACGCCUGCUUCUGGGGCCACGAUGAAGUUGCAGAGGACUUGGUAACCCAUGGUGCCCAGGUGUGUAUAUGUAACAGGUAUGGGCAGACACCUCUGGAUAAGGCCAAGGCUCACCUAAAACAGCUACUGCAAGAAAAGGCAGAGAAAAUGGGCCAGAACAUGGCCAAAAUCCCAUACAAGGAAACGUUCUGGAAGGGUACAAUGAGAACGCGACCCCGUAACGGCACCCUCAAUAAGCAAGCCGGUAUUGAUUUUAAGCAGCUCUCGCUCCUGGCAAAGAUCAAUGAGAACCAGUCCGGAGAGUUGUGGCAGGGCCGGUGGCAAGGGGAUGAGAUUGUGGUGAAGGUGCUGCACGUGAGAGACUGGACCACCAGGAAGAGCAGAGACUUUAACGAGGAGCACCCCAAACUCAGGAUCUUUUCUCAUCCAAAUAUUCUGCCUGUCCUUGGGGCAUGUCAGUCCCCUCCUUCUCCUCAUCCAAUCAUCAUCGCCCACUACAUGCCAUACGGAUCUCUGUACACCAUCCUCCAUCAGGGCACAACUCUGGUGGUCGACCAAAGCCAAGCGGUCAAGUUUGCCCUGGACAUCGCCAGUGGGAUGGCGUUCCUCCACACCUUAGAGCCGAUGGUUUCACGGCUUUACCUCAAUAGUAAGCAUAUCAUGAUUGAUGAGGAUAUGACAGCCAGAAUAAGCAUGGCAGAUGCUAAAUUCUCCUUCCAGUGUCCUGGGCGCAUGUACUCACCAGCCUGGAUGGCCCCCGAAGCACUGCAGAAAAAGCCAGAAGACAUCAACAGAAGAUCUGCUGACAUGUGGAGCUUCGCAGUGUUACUAUGGGAGCUGGUUACCAGAGAGGUUCCCUUUGCUGAUCUCUCAAACAUGGAGAUAGGGAUGAAGAUCGCUCUGGAGGGACUCCGGCCAACCAUUCCACCAGGCAUCUCUCCUCACAUCUGCAAGCUGAUGAGGCUCUGCAUGAACGAAGACCCAGCCAAGAGGCCCAAGUUCGACAUGAUUGUUCCCAUUUUGGAAAAGAUGCAAGACAAGUGAAUGUCUUAGAGUCGAUGUGUCCAAGACUUUUGUUUUGUUUUAUUACCCAACCACUCGUUAGCUUCACUCCAGUCCAUGUAUCUGCUACGCCACUGUAAAUACAGCCACAAACCACUGUUACUGCUCGUAUUUUAAACACGUAAUGCUUGUUUUGUGCAAGUUAAUUUGAAGUUUAUGUGUUAACUUUGCCUGUGUUGCUCUUAUAUAAUCACUCAAAUGUUCUUGUUGGAAUAUUGAAAAUUGUAUCUGCAGUGUGAAUUACAUUUCAGUGAUUCACGAGACAGAAGCUGAUCCAAAGAAAUGUGUAUAGAAUUAUAGCUUUUUAUACACGCCUGCUACAGCAGAUGAAAUAAAAUUUUAUAUUUAUGACAAAUACUUCUAGUGUAUUAUCUUCCCUUUGUGAAGCACUUAGCACAUGAAUUAUUUCUCAUCUGCUGUGAAUUUUGCAGUGGCCUUUUGUUGUCAGAUUUCAUUACAUUUGAAGAAAUGAUUCUUUGAACCAUGGUGUAAUUUUGCUAAAUAGGCAAAUUUAGCAAAUUAAAACGCCUAUC